AUGAACCUCAACCCAAAAAGUAAAAGAUAUAAGAUCAAGAAAAACGCUAUAGCUAAGGAAUUGGAAGAAUGGGAACAAAAAUUAAACAAUAUCAGUAUUGAUCCUGCCAAAAUAUUUGUUGAAAAUCAAGUCGAUUUGGAGGGUCCACCUCAGGAUUUUGAAUUUAUCACGGAUUAUAAAGAAGGGGAGGGAAUUAGUAUUCCUCAGGAUCCAAUGAUUGGAUGUGAAUGUACCGAUUGUUACGACACCAGGAAACAGUGUUGUCCGUCGGGGUGCGGGACAGAUUUCGCGUAUUAUAAAAAUAAACGUGUCCGUGUGCAAAAAGGGACUCCAAUCUACGAGUGUAAUAAGCGGUGCAAAUGCGGACCUGAAUGUUCGAAUCGUGUGGUACAGAAUGGCUGUAGGUACAGGCUAUGUAUAUUCCGUACUGCUAAUGGUAGAGGAUGGGGUGUCAAGACAUUAGAUAAAAUUAAGAAAGGGAAUUUCGUUGUUGAAUAUGUUGGAGAAGUUAUCACAGCAGAAGAGGCAGAGAGGAGAGGCCAAGUUUACGAUGCUGAAGGGAUGACCUAUUUAUUUGACCUAGAUUAUAAUGAUGAUGACUGUCCUUUCACUGUUGAUGCAGGGUAUUAUGGGAAUGUUUCACAUUUCAUCAAUCACUCGUGUGAUCCCAACCUAGAAGUAUUUGCUGUGUGGAUUAAUACACUAGACCCACGAUUACCUCGUAUUUCACUGUUCGCUAAGAAAGAUAUCCAGAAAGGGGAGGAGUUAACCUUUGAUUAUAUGAUGACAGGUUCGUUCAUUUCAUUGUUUGUAUAA